GUGCCUUUUCAUUCUUCGUUACCUCUCGGUGCCAUACGCUGUUCAGUGCCACUCUGUCUUUCUCUCUCUCAUCUUCCAUUCACAGAAUUCUUGAGAAUUGAAUUUUGCUUCUUGCAAUAUUCCUAGUUCUUUUACUGAAAUUGAAUGACAAUCUGCCUUAGAGUGUCAGGGCGUUCUUCACGUUUUAUCAUUCACACGUAUUUUAGCGUCUUUUUGUGUCUUUUAUUGAGACUAAUGUGCUCAUUAUAGGAGUUUGGCGAUGGUAGUCCGCCCAGCCAUCGCCUUACCCUCAAAAAAUAGAUUUUGAUGAAGUUUGUCUUGUGGAAAAGAGGAGAUUUGAAACUCAUUCACUGGGAACCGUCGCCAGAGAAGUGGACACUACUUUAGUAAUUCACUACUGCAAGGAAGGGUCAAGGUCGGUUUAUUCUAUAUGAACAGACAGUCUGACAAAUGUGCAUAUAGUUUGCAAAGUCCAAUUCCGCAACCUGGUGUUGGAACUGGAUGUGUGAUUUGGAUCUUUCUUCUUCUUCUUCUUCUUUUUCUAGAAUCUUUUUCGUUGAACUCAUCUCGAGCAAUGUAUUGUCUUUGAGAAAUUUGUCUGAUAUCUGUGAUCAAUUACCAGAGAGUAACAUAAACUGAGGAAUAGCACAUCAAGUGAUCAGAACGGAAUUUGCGAGUUUUUUGGGGGAAUAAAAAUUUAUAAAUAUUCGACACUAGUUAUAUAUCUAGAUUUCUUCGGGUUUUUCCUCGGUGCAUGUAUUUUUCUUCAUGGAAUUCGGAAGCUGCUUAAUCAGAAUUUUCUGGAUGUCUCUCAACUGAGAAUAAAAAUUUGUCGCUUGCACCUCGAUCUUGUCCAGGGCUUCCGGUCUCUAUCUUUUACCUUGCAGUCAUCAACUGUCUAUUGAAUCCGUACAUGUGAACUCUCUUCCUUCUAUAACCCAACUUCGCGAGUGCAAUGACAUUAGAUUUGGUAUUUCGAAUAAACUUCCGUAUUCAUGUGAUCGGGUAUGCUGUCUUCUGAAGUGCCGGAAGUGACGAUUGUCUAUGUCAAGGUUACUUACCUCAGUUGUCGUUGUCUUCCUCUCCUUUAGUUUCCAUAUCGCGGGGUAAAGAAUUAAUACCUUGCAGUGAUGACGAUCUAGUCUUGGAUUCCCUGUGGUCCGGAAACUGCAUCAUUUGAGCAUUGCCCAAGGCUAAUGCGAGAAUGGCUAGUGGGCUAUUAGAAUCUUCUACUUGUGAAGAAGUAGUCCUUGAUGCAUCGAACAGCCCACGUUUCGACAUCAAUGAGUUUUUGAAGCCGCCAAAAGAUUUUAAUACUGACGAGCAGUUUUUUAAUUUUUCGGCAUUCAAUAUUCCAGCACCCACAGGCAACAUGCUAACACCUCUUCCACCCUUAAAUAUUAGGAGAUCCGGGAGGAGCGAUGGGGGCCCAGAGCCUGACUGUAACGCCUUGUUUUUUGACGGCAAAGAGGUUGAUGGAGAUGCUGCUUAUGCUGAGGACACAUUGAAUGAAGAGUUGAUUGCUUUUGACGAAACUGCUACCGACAUUGCGAAAGAUCCAUUCGCUCAUUUCAACGUCUCACUUGACAGCUACAUAAACAAUCCUCCCAUUUCACCAGUGAGUCUAGAAGUGCCAACUCCUGUGUGUUCGCUGGAAAGGGUGGUUCCUUCUAUGACCUGCCCUUCGACGAUUUGCACGACAGGAUUUUACAUGGUAGGAGAUACAGGUGGUCUUGUGGACAUGGAAGAUCGAGCUUUCGUGAGUGUGGAGUAUGGAGCCUCUACCUCCGGCGGGGCUCACUCUAUGAAUUUUAGCGGUACUCCACUAAAUUGGGACAUGGUUCGAGAGGGCUCUAUCCAGCCGAACGCUGGAAAGUCGCAGAACCAGCAAUUUCAGUGCGCUUCAUGUCAGAUACUUCGCCGCAUUGUCCACUCAAAUGGAAUUCAAGACACAAAGCUUGAGAUUCAUGGUUGUGAUGGCCAAAGCUAUCACGCUGUACUACAAACUCGAUUCUGUAUCGACGAUGGCUUUCCUGCAUCUUUUGAGCAACAGAUGGUUGAGUUUCUUGUCGCAAACGCCGAGUAUGUGAAGCAUUUCCUACUUCAGUACAGUCUCUUGCGUAGAAAAGAAGGAUUUGUACUUCAACAUGAUUCUUUGGCUUCACAUGGAAGUGGUGGUGUUGGCAUGGGUAUGUCCUCAGAGCGGGUGAUGGGUGCAAAUGGUCGAUGUAUCUCUAAGCAAAUAGGGCACAUUGCUCCUCCGGAAGUUCUGUGUAAUUCCUCUGCCUAUUCGAGUAGCGGAUGUACAUAUGGUAAAGCUGGACUCAAGCAGGACAAGUUUCAUGGCAGCGGAAGUAUUGACAGCUCAGACAAUGCUGAUGCCUCAGUUGGACUGGUCAAACCACAAAAGAGCAAUGCUGCAGCACAGAGAGAGAGAACAGGAAAACUUAAAAUGAUAGAUUUGGCGCAGCAUUUUCACCUGCCAAUCAAUGCCGCGGCCAAAGAAUUGGGAAUUUGUCCUACAGUUCUCAAGAAGAUAUGUAGGCGUAAUGGCAUGCGUCGAUGGCCUCAUCGCAAGAUCAAAAGCAUAGAGCGCAUAAUUGCAACAUUGGAGCAGACGAUAGCAGAGGGUUCUGGACAAGGUGACGAAGGCAUUCGCCUGGAGAUUGCCAUGCUGCGAAACGAACGCGCACAACUUUGUGCUGGAUUUUCGGGCGAUAUAUGACAAUUUUUUGUUUUGUUUUGUUUUGUUUUUUUCUACAGAGUCAACCAACUUCAAAUAUAGACCUAGAUUUUUUAUUUUUAUUUUUAUUUAUUUUUGUUUUUUUUCUGUUUUCGUGUAGUCUACACUGCUCAAGUAGGAUGACUGUCGAAAGUGAAACAGAUCCAACUUCCUAAUUCUGUAAAAUCGGUGCUUGGUUUUCUUUCCCAAUUCAAUUGUAUGUUCCAAUAAAAGUAUCAAUGAACACGUUUGCUACCAAAGAGUUUUAAUUUUGAAACA